CCCGCCGGGCGAUAGACUCGCCUGGUUGGUAAAAAAUGUAACCUGAUAAGGCAGGCUCUGUUUAUAUGCCCAUGCUUCAUCUCAUUCAACAUUUCCGAUUCUCCAGUGUGCACGUAAGACACAUUUUAAAGUAAAUUCGCCAUUUAUGAUCGAGAAAAUUGUCACAAAGCGACUUGACUGGGAGUUUGUCAACGGCGAUCAGCUGUUUGGAAAGAAUUUCCUCUGUCUUCAAGAGAAAGAAAGUCAUGAAACUUUGGGUAACUUGUUUGGCGUUUGCUUGCGUGGCAACACUUGCUAGUGCCGAAUUGUUUUCAUCCAUGGCACAUUUAGAGACCGCUUUGUAUGCUGAAAGGGACAUCGCCGUGGCCAUCCAAGACUAUAUUCACGAAGAAGAGAAACGACUUGACAAACUGAAAAAAAUUGCCAGUGACUUUGCGGAUCACAGUGAGGCAGCCUUAGCCGGCGACAAGAACCUCCUGGCCAAUCCUAUCAACGCCUACCUCUACAUGAAGCGCUUCACCCUGGACUGGGACAAAGAAGUGGCCCCCAACUUCCAGAGCGACCCAGAAAGUGCAGUCCAUAAAAAGAUCGAGGAACUGAAGGGAUACCUCCCAAACUACGACGACCUGAGGGGGGCGGUGACAGCGUUGCUACGGUUACAGGACACCUACCAGCUGGACACUAAUCAGCUGGCCCAGGGUCGCAUCAGGUCAAUGAUGGCCAAACAGAUGUCAGCCUCUGAUUGCUUUGAAAUUGGAAAGAUGACCUAUAACAAUGACGAUUAUUAUCACACUACACUGUGGAUGGAGAAAGCUAUGAACUUGGUGGCUCUAGAGAAAAACCGCACGGUUCAGAGAAUGGACAUUCUGGAUUAUUUAGCCUUCUCUCUCUACAAAGUAAGCACAGAAUCUGAUGCCACAAAGGACAGAAUCUCCAUCAACAAAGCAAAUACUGUAGAAUCUCCCAUCAAAACCAAUGACUGCUUUGAGAUUGGACGACUGGCCUAUCUGAGGGAAGACUUUUACCACACCGCUAUGUGGAUGCAGGCCUCCCUAGAAAAGGAGGGAGAAGAGAAAAACAAAACAAUACCUAGGGAACUGGUUCUUGACUACUUGUCUUAUGCUGCUUUGAUGCAAGGUAAUGUAGAGAGAGCCCUUGUACUGACCAAUGAACUUUUGGCAUUAUUGCCUCACCACACACGGGCUCAGAAUAAUCGCAAAUACUAUGAAAAGUUGUUAGAGGAACAGCGAAGGAAGCAGUAUAGACGCGGUGAAGAUGGUGGGGAGGAGGACAAUACCGAGGAACCAAAUAAAUACACAGAGCGACCUCUAGACGAAUACCGUAAAUCAGACGAAUUCCAAACAUAUGAGAGCCUGUGUAGAGGAGAAGAUACACAUGAUUAUAAGCUGAAACACAAGCUGAAGUGUCGGUACGUUCACAACAAUAAUCCACGUCUGCUACUGAAGCCAGCGAAAGAGGAGGAGGUAUAUCUCAAUCCAUGGAUCGUCAUCUACCACGACGUGGUGUCAGACAAGGAGAUAGAUACCAUCAAACGGAUCGCCACACCUCUAUUAAGCAGAGCAACAGUCCAUAAUCCUAGAACUGGUAAACUAGAGACAGCAGAGUACAGGGUCAGCAAAAGUGCUUGGUUGAAAGAUGGGGACGACCCCGUGAUACAUAAUGUCAAUAACAGGAUAUCUGACAUCACAGGCCUCUCCAUGGCAACAGCGGAGGAAUUACAGAUUGCUAAUUAUGGACUUGGAGGUCAAUAUGAACCCCAUUUUGACUUUGCAAGGAGAGAAGAAACAGAAGCUUUUCGUGACCUUGGAUCUGGUAACAGAAUAGCCACAUGGCUUACUUAUAUGACGAAUGUGGACGCCGGAGGUGCAACUGUGUUUACCCACAUUGGUGUUAAGUUAUUUCCCAUCAAGGGAGCUGCAGCAUUUUGGUACAAUUUAUAUCGCAGUGGUGACGGAAUAUUUGACACAAGACAUGCGGCUUGUCCAGUCCUGGUGGGCCAGAAAUGGGUGUCAAAUAAAUGGAUCCACGAGAGAGGUCAAGAGUUCAGACGACCCUGCAGUGUUAAUAUGGACGAAUAGUAUAGACUACUCAGGGCUAAGAAAGAGUUACAAAAAUUCCAGAGAACAUGUUUGUGUCAACUGUUUUGUGGUCUUCCGGGUGUUUGUAAUUCUAGUCUUUUGGACUGUGCCAUGUUUUUUUUUUAAUAUUGACAAUUGACUUUGUCACUGAAGGAGAAAAUAUCCAAGUCUUCUAACGUGUCUUUCAUUACAUUUAAUCCAUACAAGACAAAUCUGGAAACUUGCAGGUUUUUUAAAAAGGAAGAAGGAGAAACUUUGGAAUUUUCAACUUAAUUUUAACUUGCUUAAUUCAUGGCAUUUACAUGUAUGUGAUAAAUGUUAAUCGUGAUGUACGAUUGUGAUCAUGUUUUCAUUUGAGUGAAGAAAUGAAGAGAAAACUAACCAUGGAGUAUUCAUAUGAGAGAAUGAAAACAACAGACCUUCCUUUUGAUAAGCUUUUAGUUUUAUCCUUUAAAUGUAUCAUGGGAUGGUUGAUUUUGUUUUAGAUUUCUCUUCUGUGUUUGUUUCUUUUUACAUGUGCUUUUCUUUUGCUAUUUGCAAGUAUAUUUUCCCAUGGAAGAUUUGCUUCGAUCAUAAAUUAUUGCUAUAUCAACCAAAAUAAAGCAUUUAUAUUAUACAUCUUUGAAAUCCAAACUGCCAAAUUUGCUUUACUCUGAUAUUGCGUAUAUGUUAUGUACAUGUGUCCAUAUUCAAUACCUGAGCGUAUCUACGCACAUUUAGGCUUUUCUGUAGGAAACUGCUGUAUGGGAACAUGAGGUGCCUUAAUGCGGAGAAUUUGAACAAUGCCUUGACGUGUGAAAAACAUUUUUCUUUCAAAUCAUCCAUGUAUGUGUUGAAGGAAGAGGUUUGGUAUUAAUUUCAAUAUUUUUAAUUUAAAAGAUCUUUUAUUUUCUUUUAUUUUGUGUAUUGUUGAUUAUGUAUGCAAUUGACUCUGCUUUUAGCCAUUCUGAAUCUGUUGGUUGGAGGUAUGUGAUCUCGGUUUCUGCUUUGUAUUAUGCAUUUUGGUCAAAGACCACAAAACAGAUUAUUUUAUACAGCAUCAUUGUAGAGCUGAUAGUAAUUUUUUUUUUUUCAACAGUAUCUAGGUAUCUCAUCCUCUUUCAUGACAUGUGAUAAAUCAUUUCCAAAAUGUUAACUGUUAUUGAUGAAAUAAAGGAAAUGCUUACUGUG